UAACCUAUUAUUUUUUUAGGUUAUUGUGGUCAUCUUUUCUUUGAUGUUUGGGAGUAAAUAUUUUUUCUGUUAUUGAGAUGUACUUACAAAACUGCUCAAUCUAUUCAAAAUAUUAGGAACAUGAUAUUCACUGCAACUUUGUUGACCACUUGUUUGAAAGUGUUACUGAUUCCUUCAUACAGAUCUACAGACUUCGAAGUACAUAGAAACUGGCUAGCAAUCACUCACAGAAUACCCUUGAAGAAAUGGUAUUUUGAGGCUACCUCAGAAUGGACAUUGGAUUAUCCUCCACUUUUUGCCUGGUUCGAAUAUUUACUAUCAUGGGUCGCUCUGCUGUUUGACCCAAAAAUGUUGAAUGUUGAUCAUAUCAACUAUUCUUCUGAUAAUACUGUAUUGUUUCAAAGACUUUCUGUUAUUGUUACUGACCUUGUAUAUGCACUAGGAGUUUAUAUGUGCUGCUCUGCCUUACAAAAAAGUUGGCGUAAAGAUGUGGUACUACCAAUUUUACUUAUUACUAAUUGCGGUCUUUUGAUGGUAGACCAUAUUCAUUUUCAAUAUAAUGGGUUGAUGUAUGGUAUUUUACUGAUUUCUAUUUCCUAUAUGUUUCAAGGGCAGCAUGUGUGGUCUGCAUUCUGGUUCAGUGUCUUGCUAAAUAUGAAACACAUCUACAUUUACUUAGCUCCUGCAUACUUCAUCUAUUUGCUGAGGCACCAUUAUUUGAAAGGUCCACUUUGUAUCAAGACUGUUGUGUCCUUAGGAAAUCUGAAAAAUUUGGCAUUUCUAGGGUUUACAGUUAUUGGGGUGUUCAUUGUAACUUUUCUACCGUUUUAUGAUCACAUUCCACAGAUCAUCUCCAGACUGUUUCCCUUCAAAAGGGGCCUCUGCCAUGCCUAUUGGGCUCCAAAUAUUUGGGCUCUCUAUAAUACUGUGGACAAAAUAGGAUACAUAUUAGUUUCAAAAUUGAAUGGAAAUAUCCUUAAAAACUCUACAGCUUCCAUGACAGGCGGUCUUGUUCAAGAAUUUGCGCAUUCGUUUCUUCCAAGUGUCUCGCCACUUGCAACAAUGUUACUUACUGCAAUCUUCAUGAUUCCUGCCAUGGUGAAACUGUUCACACUCAACAAACAGGCUACAAAUUUCGUGAGGUGCUUGGUGGUUUGCGCUUUGACUUCCUUCUUGUUUGGAUGGCACGUUCAUGAGAAAGCCAUUCUCAUGGCUAUAAUUCCCCUCAGCAUUUUAUCCAUCAUGGAACCGACAGAUGCCAAGCAUUUCCUCAUCCUGUCAACAGUCGGACAUUACUCCCUGUUUCCUCUCUUGUACCCUUCUUCUUUAUUACCUGUUAAAGUUCUUCUACAUUUCCUCUACACCCUGUACGCUUUUCACAGCUUGUACACAAUGCACCCUCUCACUAUAUGCAAUUACAUCCUACCAUUGCUGAAUGCUUUCGAAAGCUUAUACCUUCUCGGUUUGGUAGGAGUGUUUUUAUAUGAGAACUUGAUACACAACCUACUAGGAUUGAAUGUUGGAUUGCCUUUCUUGCCACUGAUGAUUACCUCUGUCUAUUGUGCAGCAGGGGUUGUGUAUUGUUGGGUUAGUUAUUAUCUAUAUUUUUUGAAAUAUGAUGGUGUACAUGUUAGGUCAAAGAAUAGCAGAAAUAAAAUUGAAUAACUUGUUGAA